AUGUCUCCCACUCCAUCUCCUCCAACAGGAGGAUCAACCAAGAGGAAAACGCUCAUACCGGAAACAUCGACUCCGGGUCCAAGUGCAAGUGCAAGUGCCAUUACGAAUCCUAACACAGACGAAGAUGGAUUUACCAAAGUACCUACCAAAGAGGAACGACGUAAGAUGAGGAAGUUAUCAAAACAUCGACCCAGUUUUCAAUUCAACGUCAAUGAAUUUAGGUAUGGUAAGAAAAUUGGGAUCGCCCAUGUGCGAGAUCUGGUGUUGUAUAUCGUAGCAGAGGGGAAUAAACCUUCUUGGAUACAGAUUGAGCACAAAUCAUUCAUCUCACAUACAGUACUUCUUUUCGUACCUGGAUUGUUACCUUCACAGUUAGGCUUAGAUCAAAUACCCACUAUAUCAUGUAUGCCAUUCUCCACCGUCCCUACACCCACUACCACUGGUUCUGGCUCUUCAACAGAUCCAUUACCUCCUGCAAGAGUACCUAUAAUACCGAAGUUGUUCACGUAUGCGUGCCCCACCAGAGCACCGGGAGAUGAUAGGAAACUGCACUCGGUGUUGAAUAGUUUGUUGAUGAGUCCUAUACCGGAUGGGUUGAAGAAGCAGAAAGAAAGGGAGGCUAAGCAACUAGCAGAAGCUGCAACAUCGUCAGACCUCCCACCAUUCUUAUACCUCCUCACACCUCAUCAAAUGCUAGAUAACGACUACCCUAUCCCAUCAUACAUCUCACCAUCCGAUACGCCGGUCAUACCAGGACUGGACUUAUCGACCUUACCACCCAGAGGAAGUACGACGUCAAUGAGUAAUGGGAAUGUCAGAACUAAGGGUAACAGGAGAGACGAUCCUUGGUUGGAGAUUCCUCAGGCGGACGGUCCACCGGAGGAUGGGAAGUGGCCUGUGUUAGCUAUGGAUUGCGAGAUGGUCUUAUCGGAAGAUGGACAAGAACUAGCUAGAGUGUCAAUAUUAGAUUUUGAUUCUGGUGACAACAUAUUUGACGAAUUGGUAAAACCUCCAAAGGAAAUUAUAGAUUAUAGGACUCAGUGGUCAGGUAUAACACCUGAAAAAAUAUCCUCAGCGACCCACACAUUAUCUUCCAUCCAAUCAGCCCUUCAGAAAAUAAUAACACCUCAUACGAUCUUGUUGGGUCAUUCGUUAGAGUGCGAUUUGAUAGCAUUACGAAUCAAACAUCCCUUAUGUAUCGAUACGGCACUGAUAUAUAAACAUCCCAGAGGACCACCUUUCAAAGCUGGUUUGAAGUGGUUAGCUCAAAGAUGGUUGAAAAGGGAUAUUCAACAGUCCGAUAAGGGUCAUGAUUCAGAGGAAGAUGCGAGGACUUGUUUGGACUUAUUGAGGAUGAAGAUGACUUAUGGUCCUGAUUUUGGAAACACAAUGGAAAAUAUGGAACCGAUCUUUGAGCGAUUAAAUCGAAAUAAACCUAUCAAAACUUCCGCUUUCAUAGAUUACAGCAAUCCCCGUACAUCACUCGGUGCAAAAGCUACGACUGCUAUAAGGUGUACGACGGAUGAUGAGAUCGUAGAUAAGAUAUUGGAGAAUGUUGAAGGACACGAUUUAGUUUUCGGUAGAAUGAUGGAAUUGGCCAAUGUACAAGGGUGGAACGACCGGGGAAUAUCCACCGACCAAUUUUCGCCUUCCGAUCUUGACACUUCCCUAUCCCGAUUUUCAGAAAGACUAACACGUCUACACGAUUCACUACCUUCCAACACUGCUUUAGUGCUAGUGAAUGGACAUUCAAACCCCCUACCGAUGUUGAAACUCACGGCGAAGAGGCAGAAUUGGGAAAGAUUGAUGAAGACAUUAGGAGGGACUGAUAAUAUACCUAAAGACCAGAGGUGGAUGACCGAAAAUGAGAGAGAGUUGGAAAGAGUAACGGGUGAAGCGAGAGAGGGAAUGGCCUUUUUCUGUGUGAAGAGUUGA